AUUGGAAGAUCAAGUCCCAUCCAGUCUUGGACCCUAUAAGAGAGAAGAAUCUCGAUUCGUUUCAUGGUGUCCGCGUGCGUGAUGAGGGAGAGAGAGAGGGAAGGAGAGAGAAAUAGAGGGUUUCGGCUGCUUCGUCUCUCCUCGAUCCUUCGUCCCCUCCUCUUGAUCGCAAAAUCCCUUUGCUCGCGAUCAUUAAUUGGUCUCUUAUAAGGGACUUUGAGCACUUGUAUCGAGCUUGAGGAUUGGAUGUAGACAUCAUAUCCAUCUGUUGCUUUGUUGUCUACACUACCAUCAGCAUAGAUGUCUAUUCUUUAGUUUGCCAUUCCAUCCGCCAUCACAAUGUGGAGCUUUGCUGGAGGCUUAGGUCCAGAGAACACCUGCAAAAAAUCAAGCACAUCUAAUCCUGAUUGCUCAGAUGACGAGGUUUCUUCAUGCACCAGUAGAGAAGAAGGCCUGGAAUGUCCAAUAUGCUGGGAAUCAUUUAACAUUGUUGAGAACGUGCCUUAUGUUUUAUGGUGUGGCCACACUUUGUGCAAGAAUUGCAUCUUGGGACUUCAGUGGGCUGUUGUUAAAUCUCCAACUAUACCGAUCCAGUUACCUCUCUUCAUCUCCUGCCCAUGGUGCAAUCUUUUGUCACUCCGGCUGGUUUACAAGGGUAAUCUUACAUUUCCCCGCAAAAACUACUUCCUACUCUGGAUGGUUGAGAGCAUGAAUGGUAACAGGGUGAAGUCUCAGUCCUCAAUCUAUGGGGAGCACCAUCCAGCCUGGCCUUCGAAUAGCAGCGUGGUCCUCAGAAGUAAUGCUUACCGCCAUCACAGUGCACGAAGAACUCCAAAUACUCAUGCAGAACAAUCCCGCUCUGAUCAAAAUCAUGCAAGCCUCGUCAGUAAUUUCUUCAAUUCAGAGAGGAUCCAUGCUUCGCUACGUAAAUCACUGGCUUUCUUUGUUCAAAUUACUGCCAAGUUCCCCCUAGUAAUCAUCUUCCUUCUCAUAGUCCUAUAUGCCAUCCCUGCUAGUGCUGCUGUCUUGGCCCUCUACGUACUUGUCACACUCCUGUUUGCAGUGCCAUCAUUUUUGAUACUGUACUUUGCAUACCCUAGCUUGGAUUGGCUUGUCAGAGAGAUCUUUGCUUAGAGUUUUUCCCUUCCGUCCAAUCCAAAGCUAGAGCUUCACAGUGUUAUUAGCCAGUGAAGGGCAUGAACUAUAUGCAUUGUCAUCCAGUCUCGUCUGCAGUGAUGUACAAAAUGGUUAUCUGGCGCAUGGUCUGGUGCUCAACGUACGUUAUUUUGGAUGACUAGUCACUCAACAUUGCAUUGCAUAUGGAUCAGUUGGAGAUCGGUGAGUAAUGCAUGUCAUUCAAGGCAUUAGCAUCAUGGUUGACCAAGACAUCAAUGUUCCACCUUGAGGAGUUAAAUGUGGUCAUGUUGAUGGAUGAAACUCUUACAUCAUUUGUAUGUUUAAUAUUCUUGUGCAUAGCAACCCUUUUUGAAGUCAUGGCUUGUGAUUUUAGAUUGUAUUGGUGGUAUAUGAUAUAUCUAGUUCCUCCUUGUAUGGAUUUUGUUAGUGUUUAAUCUUUCACCUUGAGGUGCUCCUUA